AAUCCACGAAGAAGAGUAUGAAGCGGAAAUUAUAGCUUCGUUUUUCGAAGAAGCUAGUUAAACAAACAAAAGCAAGAUAUUGUAUUACAAAUGUUUAGGGGAGUUAGAUAAUUUUGAUGUUUUUCUAUUUAAAGAUAUGUCUAACGGGACGUUUUCCCCUUUAAUGGCCACUAACUGAGGCGAAAAAGGGCUAGCAUCCUACCAGCUAAGUUAGCUGGCAGGGUAACUAACGUUAGAUAGCUAAGAGGUUAGCUCGACAUGUUUAUUUUAGUGCAGAGGCGAAGGAGCGCGACAUGAUGGCAUGAAACUCACGCAGUGAUAGCAAGUAGCCCCGCUUUUUUAUUUAAAGAUUUGGGACAAAGGUUUAAAACUUGGCUUAGGUUUUUAACCGGAACUGCACCCCGUAAGGCCUCCACAUCGUCACCAUGGCGUGGACUCUGAAGUUGCCUCUCACUGAUGAAGUGAUUGAGUCCGGACUGGUCCAGGACUUUGAUGCCAGUCUCUCGGGCAUUGGCCAGGAGCUUGGUGCUGGAGCAUACAGCAUGAGUGAUGUGCUAGCCCUCCCCAUCUUCAAACAGGAGGAGUCCAACCUGCCUCCAGAUACAGAUGACAAGAUCCUUCCUUUCCAGUAUGUUCUGUGUGCAGCUACCUCGCCAGCUGUUAAACUGCAUGAUGAAACACUCACCUACCUCAACCAAGGACAGUCCUAUGAAAUAAGAAUGCUUGACAAUCAGAAAAUAGGAGAACUUCCGGAAAUCACAGGUAAAAUGGUGAAGAGCAUUAUUCGUGUUGUGUUUCAUGACCGGCGACUUCAGUACACAGAGCACCAGCAGUUGGAAGGCUGGCGCUGGAACAGGCCCGGGGAUCGCAUCCUUGACCUGGAUAUCCCCAUGUCAGUCGGCAUUAUCGACCCCAGGGCUAACCCUACUCAGCUUAACACUGUGGAGUUCCUUUGGGACCCAUCAAAAAGAACCUCAGUUUUUAUCCAGGUUCAUUGCAUCAGCACAGAGUUCACCAUGCGUAAGCACGGUGGGGAAAAGGGUGUUCCUUUCCGCAUCCAGAUUGACACGUUUAAAGAGAACGAGAAUGGAGAGUAUACAGAACAUCUCCAUUCUGCCUCCUGCCAGGUCAAAGUUUUCAAGCCCAAGGGUGCAGACAGAAAGCAGAAGACAGACAGAGAGAAAAUGGAGAAGAGGGCGCCGCAAGAAAAGGAAAAGUACCAGCCCUCUUAUGAAACCACAAUCCUGACAGAGUGCUCCCCCUGGCCUGAGAUCACAUACGUCAAUAACUCCCCAUCCCCUGGCUUCAACAGCACACACAACAGCUUCCCAGUUGCAGAAGGAAAUGGAUCACCAAGUCACCAGCCUGAGCCUGUCAUUCAGGUAGUUGAUAAUUUGUUACCUACAGCAACACCACAGGAUGCACAACAGUGGCUUCUUAGAAACCGCUUCUCACCCUUCUGUCGGCUCUUCACCAACUUCUCAGGGACAGACCUGUUGAAGCUGACCAGGGAGGAUGUCAUUCAGAUCUGUGGGCCAGCAGAUGGUAUAAGACUCUUCAAUGCACUGAAAGGACGGGUGGUGCGACCGAGGCUGACCAUCUAUGUUUGCCAGGAGUCUCAGCAGGCACGGGAACAGCAAGCAAAACAUGAAAACGGAGAUGCUGCCGCCAACACCUUUUUUGUAUAUCACGCCAUUUACCUGGAAGACCUCACAGCCGCUGAGCUGACAGAGAAGGUUGCUCAGCUCUUCAACAUCUCACCCAGACAGAUAAACCAGAUCUUUAAACAGGGUCCCACUGGCAUCCAUGUGUUGGUCAGUGAUGAGAUGAUUCAGAACUUCCAGGACGAAGUAUGUUUUGUCUUUUCCUUGUUUUCAGAUGACACAAAUGAUGGCUACCACAUCAUCCUGAAAUGAAUACUGGGCGAAAGAAUAGUGUAGCCUUGCUCUUAUUUAGACCCUAUCCAGUCAGCCCCUCUAGAGCUUCAUACUCCUUGCUGUUCUUGGAAUAUGUGGAGCUGCCCCAAGAAAACCUCUUGAGGCUGCUAGGAGGAAUAUGCGACAGAAACCCCGGCCCUUUUCUCACUAUACCUUCUUGUCUUACUUUUGAGGAAGUGACUCUUUUUACCACAGUGAAGUAAGGUUCUCGUCGCCCUGCCAUGGUCGUAUUUUCCUCUGUCGCUAUUGUCUCAUGAAUGAGGUUAGUGGCACUACAGCUGCUGUCACAGUUUAUUAGCUGAGCAUCUGGUGUGCCAAACCUCUGUGCUUCAGAAUCAACAGUUUGCUGUCUCUUUACAAACCAACAACAAAAAAGGAAAAACAGGCAACAAAGACAGAUAGUUACACUGACAGUACUUGACUUUUGAUUUCCGAGGCAGCAUGAUUGUUCCUCUUCCUGUUUGCCUUUUGGGAUCCACUUAAGCCAGUCUGCAAGAAACAUGGUAUAGCUGACACAAUCACACAGUUGCAUCCAAAACCCACGAGAAGCAUCAGCAUCAGCAAUCAGGACACUAAGGGGAUCCAGCUCUCUUCUGAAACACAAUUCCUUUAAAAGUUAACAAUCUUAGCCUGGUUUCACUGGUUUGAACCGUAACCUCUGAGAAGCAAGAUGCCCCCCAGAUUUCUAUAGAUUAGUGUGCAUACUGGCACUCCUGGUUGUUAUUUAGGAAUCAUGAAAGAUGAUGAAAUGCUGUGUUAGUGAUCACACUAGCCAGCUGUCACUGUUCCAUGUGCUUCCUAUCCCUGUCUACUUAUUUAGCCUUUAAUUUUGUUUAUUUUUGGCCAUUUCCAGCAUUGUUUUUAAGCAGAUAAUGGUUGUACAAAUGUUUUCAUAAGGAAUCAUCCGUUUACCUUGGCAGUCUUUUGAAAUAUUUUUAGCAUACGUACAUUUUUUUUUUCAUCAUUGUUUUUGGAUGUACUACUUCCAAAUACUAAUCAGUGUAAUGGGUUCUGGGGAACACCAGAGCUGCAUGUGAACAUCUAUGGUUUGUUAUGUUCAGUCCAUUGUACUGCUUACAUUAAAUUGAUAGUUUAGCAUUUUAGCUAUCCGUCUUUGGCAUUAUUAAAAUAUUUACCAAAGUACUGGCCGCCAUCUUUUUCUUUCUAAAAAUACAUAUUUUUACAAUUAUACCCUAAAUGUUCUAAAGUGCCCCAGAAAGUCUUCAAAGGUGACGCCUGAUUUUAUUUGCAUUACUUAACACACUGCUUUCCCUUUGUUGGACAGAUGUGGAGACAGCUAGUCGUUUUGUUGCUAUGGAAACUACGUUUUGACAAGACAAAAUCAAUCAUGUCAUAUAUUGGUGCACAUCAUAUCUGAGCCGAAACAGCAGGUUCCUGUUAAAUGAUAGCCCUGUCAUAAUGCUGUCACAUUUCCACGUCUGUUUCUGCUCAAUAUGAACAAAGAC